CAGCGCAGAACCUCAACCACGUCUCAGAUUAAACCUAACGACCCUAAGAUAUUAAUAAGAUAUCUUAAGAGUAAUCUGAUGCAUACCUAUGAUUAUUUAGAGAGCCUCAUAGUUUAUAAAAAUAGGAGUGAUCUUUCCACCUACUUCUCAAAAAUAUAUAUAUAUAUAUAUACGGAUAGUUGCAUAUAUACGUCCUAUGCACCGCCCCCUAUUGGAGAUCCUAAGGGUCGACUUACAACAGCCUUGAUUAAAUUUGUAGCGCAACUAUAACCUACCAACCAGGUAGAUAUGGAUUCAGAUGACGACCCCGAGUACCGCCCCCCCAGCAGUGAAUCAGACGGUGAGCCUCCUCAGCCUCAGCCUCAGCUUCCGUCCUUGCCCUCGCCCCGGCCCGGGGAGAGUACACGCAAACGCCGCCUCAAGACAGUAGAACUAUCCCCUACAGUAUCAUUGCCUAAGCGGCAAAAGGGAGUCUUCAACUCUCAGUAUCUCAACAUCCUUAACGAAGAAAUCUACGAUGCCGCGGCUGGAAUCAUCCGAGACGAGCCCUCCUCAGACCUAGCGCCAACCCAGAUCGGCAUCGUGUCGUGGACUCCUUCCGAGAAGCACGUCUUCUUCUCGGCUCUGGCGCGCUUAGGGCGCGACAGCAUUGCCGAUAUCGCGGCGAGGGUCGGCACUAAAAGCCCUCUCGAAGUCCAGCAGUACUUGGCGCUGCUUGAUGAGGCAGAACGUGCCCAUCGCGAGAACGACGGUAAAAGACAGCGGGCGUUACGCCCCGUCGACGUACCUGCCGCGACGGAACUUAGCACAGAACUGUGCGCGGCGUUAGAGCAGGCAGCAGAUGGCAUUGCGCUGCGAUGCGAGAGGUACGAGACGGCGCUGGAGCAGAAGCGCUGGCAGGGUCGGUGGCUAGUUACGGCGCAACUAGCACGGCUGCUCGAACGCCAGCAACGCGCCAACAGCAGCCGCACUAAUAACAGCAGCAACAACAGCAACAGCGCAGUAACAGGAACACAUGACCUUCCCCCAUUUGCAGAGCUUUUCAUCCUGCGCAACUGGCUACGGCUCUCGGAGCGCGUCUUCAUGAACUCGUCCGUGGUCCCGGACGGUAACUGGCGCAGCCUAUCGGAGGAGCCGCCUUCGAUCCGAGCCACGGCGCUCGCGGACUUCCACUCUUUAGCGCUGAGCAUUACGCGACGUCUCGUGAGCGCAACGCUCUACGUAGCGAGCUCCCGGGUGCGCGCAAAGCGUGCCGGGGACCGCCGCAACCGUACGGGGGGCCUCGUUAAGAUAAAAGACGUGCAGGCCGCCGUAGCAUCGGUCGGCAUGACCGAGAACAGCCGUAAAUUCUGGGCGCGGGCUGCGCGCAGGCUACGGCUUGACGUGUACGAUGACGAGCAGGACGAUGAUGAAGCCGAAGACGUAUCGGGGAUGCCGGAUCGGGAGUAUUUAUCUGGUAACGGAGAAGACGACGAUGAAGAUAUAGAUACCGAAGUCGAAGACAUAUCUGAAAGCGACGUAAGCGACCGGGAAAAGGAAGCCAACGGCCCUUCUGAAAUAGACGAUAAUAAUACAUACACCUCGUCCACCUCCGAGUCCCCCCCAAUGCCCUACGACGAAGUCGAAGCCGCCCUAGGUUUCCCCCCCUACUCCCCCCAUCCUACGCAAGACUUCCCCGCCGACCUCCCCGAACUAUCCUCCAGUUCCUCCGAGCACUCGUUCUCCGACUCCAACUCCAACUCCGACAUCCCCAUGAAAGACCCCCCCUCAGAAGAAGAAGAAGAAGAAGAAGAAGAAGAAGAAGAAGACUCCCCAGCCCUAGCCCAAGACCUCCACGAAGCCCUCAUCUACACAGCAACUUACGACCGCGCCGCCACGACCGCACGCUCGCAGGACGCGCUGCGCGCCCGCAUCCGCACGGAGCACGACCUAUGGGCGGACGCAGAGCACGCCGACACGCAGGCCGCGGGAAGAGAGGAGGCGCGGUUGUGGAGGGUGGUGCACGACGGGAGGGGAAGGGUCAAAGCAGAAGAAGAAGAAGAGGAAGAGGAAGAGCAAAAGGGUGGUGGUGGUGAUGAAAAAGGGGAAGAAGAAGGAUGGUCGGAGAUGGGAAGACGAUCGGGUUUAGUGGAUUUGGGUUCGAACUGGAGAAGACACGUCGAGUAUUACAGCGAGUGGGAGGUUACGGGAGGGAAGAGAGCGGUUCCAGGGGGGUCGAAUGCUAAGGACUAAGAAGAAGCUGGCUUGUAUGUGACGGGAGCGGUACGGCAUAGCAGUCUAUCUACCUACCUAACGUAUAAGGAUGGCUUGAGCAUUGCGUAAAUGAAUACCUUGGUAGGAGAUACUAGAAGAUUACCCAGGUAGUGAAGCUCAUCUAUAAAAAAUAUACACUUACUUGCAAUA